AUGAGUAUCUACAUGAUCCAGGUGCUGUUGCAGAGAGUACAGCUGGUUUUCUUGCCACAGAUGGCAUGCGUGUACGAGUACAUCGAGUUUCACCACAGCCACCAAGAAACUGAGCUGGGAACAACAGUCAAUUGGCAGCAACUCCCGAGAAAAAGGUAG